AUGGGGGAGGAGAUGACCAACGCUGAGUUUCGGCUUCCGUCAGAGUUCCUGGCCGAUGAUUUCUUCUUGGAGAAGAAGAAUGGCGGCGGGGGUGGUGAGGUCAAGGGCGGUGGCGGGGGAUGCCGCUUCCCCACCGAGUUCCCCUACGAGUGGGAGUACGGGUCGAACCUGAGUUCGCCGGUGGAGUCGGUAACCGGGACGGAGAGCAGCGACGAGGAGGACUACAUGGCAGGGUUGACCCGUCAGAUGGCGCACUAUUUCCUCCAGGACGAGGAGAAAGGGCCUACAUAUGCUCUCCCCGGCGGCUACGCGAAGGUAUUCGACGACGAAUCGAACUUCAUGCUGGUCCGUCUCUUCCCCGGAGGCCGGUGGCGUGAUUUUGAACCCUUCCCCUUUAUGUCUUCGCUGCAGGUAACGCCGCCGGUGGGUUCUCCCCAGUCCACCCUGUGCGCAUUUGGGGGUAUGAACGGGUCGAGCAGGGAAAGUUCGAACGGUCCCUCUCUGGUGUCGUCUCCGCCCUCCUCUCCGCUGGAGCAGUACAAGGAUGAUGCGUGGGAUCUUCUAUACGCAGCGGCUGGGCAGGUUAUGAGGAUGAGGCUGAACGACGAGUGCGACCAGCAGCAUACUGGCCGAGGCCUUUUGGGACAACCAGUCCGGAAGCCUUCUCCGCCGUUACCUGUGUGCCAUCCCAAGAAUGUGGCCACGGGCUACUCUAAUGCGCCGCUGAAUCAGAACCAGCUUCGUGCUCAGCAGGUACGCCGUUUAAUUAGCCGCAAGCUUCAGAAUCGCGUGGGGCUAUAACUUGUUUACGGUUUCUGGAUGUAGUUUCAGCAAUUAAAGCAGGAGCAGUUCAUGAAGCAGCAAGGUGCCGCGGUCUGGAAUCGCCAAAGCAGGCCAAAGGGUGCCGGUCCGAGGGGAGGGAUACCGAGUAGCAGGCCCGCGCGACAGCAGGGCUUGUCGCCGGCAGCUUGGCCGCCUAUCCAGCAGCAGCCUCGGUCUGGUAUGAGGGCCGUCUUCCUUGGGGUGUCCUCGAGGAGGGAGUCAUGUGGCACGGGAGUGUUUUUGCCUCGUCGGGUUGACAGCCCUACGGACUUUCGGAAGAAACCAGGUAAGACUCUGUUCUUGGUGCCACCAUCCACAGUAUUCUUCUUGACGAAGCUUUCUUUCGCUCGUUUUGACGAUGCCGACAUCUCUUAGAUCUCCUGUUUUUACCGAAACUUACCCCAUUUCAGCAUGCUCGACUGUGCUGCUUCCGGCGAGAGUCGUGCAGGCCUUGAAUCUUGACCUGGAGGAGCUUAGUGCCCAACCUCGCUUCUCGGGCGGAUUUGUUCUCGACCACGGUAGGGUUUCUUCUCCUUCCGCCCUUCUUUUCCGGUCCAAGGUGUUUUCUUCUUUUUAGUUUUUGAGGGAAUCGCUAGGAACCCUAGGCUGACUCGAUGAUCCCUUUGUCAGGCUCCGUCGUUGCCCGGGGCAACGCGAUGUUGCUGCAGAGGCAGAGCUACCGCCCCCAGCCGGCGCCAGCUAACCCGCACCACCUCCACCAUCACCACUACCCCGAGAUCCGCCUUCCCUCGGAGUGGACCUACUAA